AUGGCAACGGAUCAGUUGGUAUCAGACUCUCGCUCUGAGAGUGGAGAGGACUGGUCCUCGUCCUUGCCAUCAUCUCCUGAAUCAUCGGCACCAACAACACCACAAUCACGUAGUCCACGCUUAACAGCAAAACUACAGUCGGUUCAAAUUGUCCAUGAUGCUCCGUUACAGUCUUCUACGUCAGACAAUGACGACAUUCCACUCCCUCCUAUCCCGAAAACCGAACCUAUCCAACCACUCUCCACCGACUCUCAAACGCCUGACCAUUGGAUUGCACGAGAUGCCCGGAUGAUUCGACUGACGGGAAAACAUCCGUGUAAUGUCGAGGCUCCCUUGUCUGCAUUGUUCAAAGCUGGGUUCCUUACUCCCCAGAACCUAUUCUAUGUUCGAAGUCAUGGAGAUACACCACGAAUCAGCUUGAAGCAAGCACAAGACUGGAAACUCCGAAUCCAUGGACUUGUUGAGGAGGAAUUGGAAUUCUCGAUUCAGGAUCUGAAAGAAAAGUUCCCGGUUGUCACGCUGCCCGUGACGCUCGUCUGUGCUGGCAACCGCCGGAAGGAGCAAAAUAUGGUAGUGAAGGGGCUAGGAUUCAAUUGGGGUGCCGCUGGUGUAUCCACUGGUCUCUUUACAGGUCCUGUCCCCGGACGUGCUCGUCACGUCAUCUUUGAGGGCGCCGAUGAGCUUCCGAAAGGAAAGUACGGCACAUCUCAGAGGCUCAGCUGGGCAUUGGACCGUAGCAAGAGCAUGCUGAUAUCUUGGGGCCUCAACGGCGAGGAUCUUUCUCCGGAUCACGGCUAUCCUCUUAGAUUGGUUGUCCCAGGUCAAAUUGGUGGACGAAUGGUCAAAUGGCUCCAACGAAUAGAGGUUUCCGACUGUGAGAUAACAGCAGAUCAAGCAAGGAAUGAAGACAAAUGGUGGUACGAUCCUAAAUACAUCAUCAAUGAGCUGAACACAAUUACAGUAGAGGGAUACGCGUACACGGGUGGUGGACGACGUAUAACUCGAGUAGAGGCGACACUCGACGAUGGAGACACGUGGAAACUCUGUGACAUAACCUAUCCAGAGGAUCUGUACCGAAGUUAUCCGAUUGAACACCAUCCUUACUUUGGCAAGCUUGAUUUGAGCACGACAGAUAUGAGUUUUUCCUGGUGCUUCUGGAAAGUUGAGAUUGACGUCAAGUCGCUGCUAGCAAUUCGAGAUGCUGGGUUCAUUAUGGUGCGAGCAAUGGAUGAAGCGUUAAGCAUCAUGCCACGGGACAUGUACUGGAAUGCUACUUCUAUGAUGAAUUCGUGGUGGUUUCGAGUCGCUGUCCAUGGGGAGAACAACGGCCAGACUCUUCGAUUUGAACAUCCUACCGUGCCUGGCAACGCAAGUGGAGGUUGGAUGCAGCGUAUGAAGGAAGCUGGGAUGAACCCAAAGUUCCCUCGUCUGGGAGAAAACAGCCCAACUUCCAGCGCCAUCGCCGAAGACUCGAGUAAGGCGCAGGGACCCCAGGCGGACGAAGAAGCCAAGAGCGUCAUGAUAAACCCAGACAAAGUGUCAGUGCUUGUUACUGCGGCCGAGCUCGCGGAGCACGCCGACGGCGAAGGUCCAUCGCCUUGGUUUGUUGUUGAAGGCCACGUAUAUGAUGGCACUGGUUUUCUCUCGGCUCACCCUGGCGGAGAACAGUCCAUUCGUUUAGCAGCUGGUGAGGAUGCUACAGAAGACUUCAUGGCCAUUCACUCCAUGGAUGCGAAGAAAAUGUUGAGGGAUUACCACAUUGGUAAGCUGGAACAACCUUCAGAAUCAUCGAGAUCUGCAAUGGCAGCAAGCCCUCAGCCUCAAGAUGAUCCAUCCAAGCCAUUUUUGGAACCCAAGGUGUGGAAGAAUGUUCUUCUAGUACAAAAGAGAGAGGUCUCUCAUGACUCGCGAAUCUUUCGUUUCGCCCUGCCUCAUGAAGACCAACCACUCGGUCUGCCAGUGGGACAGCACGUGUAUCUUCGGAUAAAGAAGUUCGACAAAACAACUGGUAAAACAGAGAUUGUGCAGCGAGCAUAUACUCCAUAUAGCGGCAGUACCCAGCGUGGCUUUAUCGAUCUUCUCAUCAAAGUGUACUUUCCAUCAAACGAGUUAUCGCAAAAGAGUCCUUUUGCAGGAGGACAAAUGACCAUGCUACUCGAAAAUAUGGUAGUAAACACAAACACCAGUGAGUUCACGGUGGAAUUGAAGGGUCCCAUCGGCCAUUUUACAUACAUCGGUGAUAAUCGGGUGCAAUGGAAGCCGAAUAAUUCUAUCCGCAAUGUCAAGAAGCUUGCGAUGAUUGCCGGUGGCAGUGGUAUUACUCCAAUGUGGACCACAUUAAAGGCCAUUGCAGACGAGUACUCGGCUUGCGCGUCGUCUGAACAGGUCAACCGCGUCGAGGUAUGGCUCGUCUAUGCCAAUCGAGAGGAAGAAGACAUCCUCAUUCGCGAAGAGCUCGAUCAGCUCUGGCAUGUCAUGAAGGGAAAUUUCCACAUGUGGCAUGUUCUGAGUUCCAAGAAACUGAAUGCAGACUGGAAGAUGGGACGAGGGUAUGUUGGAUUAGAGUGUCUCCAACAGCACCUCCCUUCAGCACCUUCUACACCCACUGAUGCAGAUCUCGAGGAUACGCUGGCGCUAGUUUGUGGACCCCCAGCUAUGGAAGCAAAUGUUUCUUCUGCGUUACAAGAGCUUGGAUGGAGCCUUGAAAAGAACGUCGUGUUUUUUUAA